AUGCCUGCUGGUACCGAUACCGACUCUCAAUUCCGCUUCCUCAUCUCUUGCAUCCGCCACUCUAGUGCGGGCAAGGUCGACUUUGAGGAAGUCCGCAAGGAAUGCGACAUCAUCAGCAAGGGUGCUGCUGCAAAACGAUAUGAGCGCCUCAUGAAGGCCCACGGCAUCGCCCCCAACAGCGCCGCCAACGGUGUCAAAAAGGAGGAUAAGGACCCUGAGACUCCAAAGAAGGCCAAGUCUCGUGCCACCAAGAAGCGCAAGCUUCAAGAGGUCGACGAGGACGAAACCGACGUUGAAGAGCCUAUCAAAGAGGAGGUUAUCAAAGGUGAAUUCAAACAUGAAGAUGCAAUCGUGAAAACCGAAUGUCCAAAUAACCACCUAUCGAGCGCUACACCUCUGUAUCAUGUACCAUCCCAUUCUGAAUCCACUUCACCUUCCACGAACAUCCAAACCGACGACGAUGACGAGGUCCUUUUCGUGUCAGCAACGGAGAAGCAAUUAACACCAAUCCCACCAACCUAUCUCAGCGAUGAUCGUCACUCCCACACGUACUCGCGCAUGUCGGCAACUCCUGCUAUACAUUCCGUCGAGAGCGCAGCUAACAUAGGUUUCCUUCAGCAUCUCGCCGCUCCAUCCUCGCAGUCACCAACGCCACCAAUGGAGACGAUGAGAUCAUCUGAUUCCUUCUCUUAUGGAUACACGCCUACCACAUGGAUGUUUCCCCAUGAGAGUCAUGGCUACCUGUAG